AUGGUAGAAGAUUUAAAUUACCAGGAUAUUAAGUUUCCCGUUAGUGCAAAAGAUUAUACCAAAAUUGAGGUGCAAAACAGUAUAAAUGUUAAUGUUUUUGGCUAUGAGUACAAGCAAUUUUAUCCUAUCUUUGUUUCUAAGCAACAUAAUGAGAACGUUUUACACCUGCUGCUGAUUGCAGAGGGAGAGAAGCAACAUUAUGUGCUAAUCAAGGAUUUUAAUAGCUUGAUGUACAAUAAGACUAAGCAUAAGGCGAGAAAGCAUUUCUACAUGUACUGCUUACAAUGUGUUAGUACAGAAGAGAUAUUAACUAAACACAAGGAGAAUUGUUUGGUGAUAAAUGGAGAAAGUAACUGGGUGUCAACCAUGCGGGGAUAAAUCUUAUACCAACAAAUAUCAAAAGCACACUGGCUGCAGCUAUGGUUACAAAGUAGUGUGCUGCUAUAACGAUAAAUAUAAGGCAGUGAAAAUUUACAGAGGGGAGGAUUCCAUUAAUAAGUUCAUGCAGCAGAUGCUUUUAGAAGUACAAUCUGUCAGAAGAUUAUUAGUACUAAAUUCAAGAAACCUCUGAAUAUGACUAAUGAGGAGGAACAAGAGUCUGAGACUGCAGCAGAGUGUCAUAUUUGUGGACAGAAGUGUGGUAAUAAAGAUAUCCGGGUCUGGGACCAGUGUCAUAUCACUGGACAGUAAACGGGAUCGGCACAUCAGGAUCGUAACCUCAAAUUAAGGAUGAAUCCAAAGGAGUUUAAGAUCCCUGUAAUAUUCCAUAAUCUACAAGGAUAUGAUUCCCAUUUCAUAAUGCAAGAGAUUGGGACCAUAGGAAAAGAGCAUGAUUUUCAUGUUAGGGAAGCAUCUUUUAUUCCUGGACAGUUUCCAGUUCAUGGCCAGAUGGCUGCUAAUCUUCCUGCGGACGCUUUCAAAUGUACAUCAAAGAUUUUACAGGAUGAGAAACUAUCACUUAUAAAAAAGAAAGGGGUAUAUCCCCAUGAUUAUAUGCAUAGUUUCCAAAAAUUUGAUGACAAGCAGUAACUCCCAAAGAACAUUUCUAUAGUUUUUUAAUAGAUAAGGAUAUCUCUGAUGUGCAAUACCAACAUGCUCAAAAUGUAUCGAAUACUUUCAAUAUGAAGGAAAGAUCUGUAUCUGAAGUCUGAUAUUCAACUAUUAGCUGAUGUGUUUGAGAACUUCCGUUAUUCCUGCUUCAGUAUUAUAAAUUAGAUCCGUACCACUAUUUUACAUCUCCUGGGCUAUCAUGGGAUGCUAUGAUGAAAAUGACUGGAAUUAAACUUGAGCUUAUGACAGAUGUUGAUAUGUUCCAGUUUAUAGAAAUGGAUUGCUCGGUGGUAUUUCCUAUAUUGCUAACCAGCAUGGGGAAGCUAAUAAUAAGUAUAUUUCUGGAUAUGAUAGCAGCAAACCGAGUAAGUAUGUUAUGUAUCUAGAUGCGAAUAACCUUUAUGGGUACGCCAUGAGUCAGAGCUUCAAAAAGUGUAACCUCAUGUAAUGUUGAUUCCCCUGAGACCAAGUGGUGUGACAGUUUCAGCAAAUCAAAAGGCGGUAAACUAUACUUAGCGCACUUGUGUUGUUUCCUCGGCGGCACGCGAAGACUGAACUUUAAUGUGGUACGCUUUUAUUGUUUAUUCACAAAAAUCUGGCCCCGGCAGUCAAGGAAAAUGAAAACUUGAUGCAUUGUAUUAAUUUGGGGGCCAUUAAUGUAAGGUUUUAACGAAGAGAAGCUUGUAAAACAACACUGAGUUUAAGCAAAGUUAAAUUUUUCCAUGUGAAACAAGCAAAAGGAUCGAUAAGGAAAGCUUGAUACGAAGAAUAUAUAGUCGCAUCUGUUGGAAAAUCUGAUGUUGGGGAAAAAAUCUAACCAGCAAAUGGAAAAAUAAGAAUAAAAAAGAAUUACAAGCUUAAAGCGAACGACAAAGGAAAAGAAAACAACGCUAUUUUUUUCGAAACCUGGCCGAGUUUAUAAUAAAGUGAAAACAAAAUACCGACGUGCCGUACAUCGCAUGUCCUUGAAAACAUUUCAAGCGGCGCAGCCAAUCAUUCUAAAAUUCAAUCGGGAACUCGACAAAAAGCCUCGGGAAAUUUCAGAGGAGGUUUAAAUGAUUAAACAGCACAAAUAUUUAUCUACAAAGUGAAACCGAACCGACACUAAUUUUGUAGUGGUAAGAGAAACGAUCAUUUUUUAUAUUUCCCCCUAAAUAUUACCGAUCGCUUCCUCUCCAAGCUGUUUUACUCUUUCAAAAAAGUAUGCCUCAUGACACUUCCAACUUUUAUAUAGCAGGUUCGUAAAGCCACAGCAGUCUGAGGACUGACUCUUCUCUGAACCUAGUUUAUACUUGCAUAGCGCCUCAGUUUUAAGGAAAUAAUCCUUUCAACAGGAAGGGACCAAGAAACUGUCAAAUGUUGGAAAAAAGGAAUCCAUUCCUAUGCAAAAUACGCAUUAUUUGCUCGUUGGCACUCUAUCGAUAGGUAUACCUAGUUUUAAUACACAGAAAUGAAUGAAUGCUAAGAAUGCUUUUGAGAAAGACUUUUUUAAGCUUAUGAAUAAUAGUGUCUAUGGCAGUAGUAUACAAAUAUGGGGUUACCAGGACAGUCUCUUUAAUUGACCUUGGGAUUUUCCAGGAAUUUGGGAAACUGGUUUAAACCGGUUUUGGGCGGUUUGAGGUAUCCGGUUUAAACCAGUUUUGAAACGUGCUUUAAUAAAUACUGAAGGGAGCCCAAUUUCCCCCUUUUCUAAAUGUGAUGAUGUCCCCCAAUUGUAUUAUUUCUUAGCCAAAGCCUUGUAAUAUAAAAUUCUUGUGUUUGUUUUGUUUGUUUCUCUUAUUGACCUGUUUUAUUACUAACAAGUCUCAUUUUGUGCUGUUUUAGGAGGCCAAAUUUCCUGGAUAUCAUACCUACUGGGCUGAAGCACAGACAAAAGGUUACAAUGGAGUUGGGUGAGUAUGUUACAGGCCAAAAUUAAAUUCAGGUUAAAUUUUUUUAACCUGGGUUGAUUCUCUAUUUCCUUUGUCUCCUAGUGCCCUAAUUCAUGAAUAAUUAGGGCUAGGGGACAAAGGAAAUUGAGAAUCAACUUAGGUUAAAAAAAUUUAACCUGAAUUUAAUUUUGACCUGUAACAAUUAGUAUGUAAAUCCAAUAAAGCAAUUCUAAAGUGAAGUAUUGUUUUGUAUGAAAACGUGCAAGUCUUUUGUACCGGUCCAAAGUCUGAAAAUAAGUUCAAAAGGCAUGAUAGCUCUUUGAAGUCAUUCUUAUUAUAAUAGACCUAUUCGGCUAACUCAAUGUUGUACCCAAUUCAGACCCAUUGGGAAUAAAACGUUUUGUUUCAGGAAUUUCCAUAUCAUUUAAAUGUGAAUGCUACAUUAUAAUGCAAAUGCAAUACGCAAAGAAUCUUAUCCCCGGGAGAUUUGAAUUGGGUACAACAUUGAGUUAGCCGAAUAGGUCUAUGAUAAUACUUUUUAAAAUAUUAAUAAUGAUGAUUAUUUAACAAUUAAUGAAUGAGGCUGAGUAUCUUAUGAAGAAUUAUGGAGAUCGAGGAGGGUGUUAUCCGUCGAGGCCGUAGGCAGAGGCGGAUAACACCCUCCGAGACCUCUAUAAUUUUUCAUAUGAUACGAAAGCCGAAUUCAAUAAUUGUUUUAUUAUUCAUUCAAAAUAACUUCUAGUUUAAAAACAUGGCUAACACAUGCUUACCUCCAUAGAUCCAUCGAUGUUAAGUUCAUCUUCGAUAGUGCACGUUUAGGGUUGUCCAGCUCCGCAAAUAUUCUCCAAAUAGCAGACGUCGCCCUUCGAAUUGUCUUCUUGCUGUUCUUGCCAUGCUUUUAGUUAUUUUUUCGCCUAGUUCUUACUCUUGAAACGAGUGAAAUGUCCGCCAUUUUUCAAGUUCACAAACAAAACAACCCAACCUCGUCCCCAGGUCUUUUCGGUUAAAGGUGCAUUAACCUGCAAGAACGCUGCACUUUUGACGUCAUUUCUUCGUUAAACACAAAAUUCUUCCAAAUUUGGUCAUCAGUAGCUGGUUAUGGUGAAUUAAACGUGUGCUUUUAGCCAAUGCGAAUCGGGGAUAUAUUUUGAAUGAAUAAUAAAGUACUUUAAUUAUCCUUUUGAUCUCGAUCCCCUUAUGGUGCUUUUCAGGGAUAAUGAAACAAUAGAUUUAAAUGGAACAUAGCAUUGUUAAAACAACCGACUGGUAGGAGAGGACCCGGUUGGCAAAAUCUAGGUAGUGGCUAGGGCAGGACAUGAACUUGGGGCCUCUGAAUUACAAGUCCAGCACUUUAACUACUCAGCCACCCUGAAUUAUGACGUGAAAUGCAAAAAAAUUUUGAAAUUUUCUGGGUUUGAUUGGCUUAAAAGCGUGUGACGUUGUAGAUUAUUUUACCAUGCAAAUUAUUUAAAAAAAUUGCAACCUUUUACAAGAAAAGGCCAGGGUUUUUUUUCCACCCUUUCUACCCUCAGCUACUUAAUUGAUCCAAAUUCUGCAGUGGUGCCUAACCUGGGGUUGCAUGGAUACUCAGAACUGAUGCUCCUCUUUUUAGAACCAGCUUUUCUAAGGGAUUUUAGUGCUCAUGUGCUUUCUUUGAAUAUGCAUUUCAAAUAAUUAUAUAGGUUGUUAGCUUAUCCAUGUUUGCCCUGUAUCUGAAUUGUUAUAAUUUUUAUUUUUAUUUUUUUAUAGUUAAAAAUGCAUUAUUAGAGUGGGCAUUGACACGCAACAUCAAAAUUUAUCUAAUGACUGUUUACAUGAAAGUGGCCUUACAAAUUGCAUAAAGAGUUCAAGAAGGCAAGACAUUUGUUCAAAGAAUGACUAGAGUGGUUAAAACCUUCCAAAAACAUCCAUCAAGUGGCAAAUUUACUUGCAAAAGUCCAGUAUUCAGUUUAUGCAUAAAUUAAAGCCUUACUAAACACAAUAUCGCGAAAUUCCAUUCUUGUAUUAUUAUGCUUGUGCAUAUGAAACAAGGUUUUUUAAAAUUUUCCCCUUAUAUUACCAGUCGUAAUGUUACGGUUAUUGUUUUUCUUUUUUUCUUUUUUCUUUUCAUGGGAAGUCUCUACUCAGGCUAAAAUGAAUGUGUCUGCUUUCAGAAGGCUAGCUCUUUGUUGUAAAGCCUAUUCCUAGUAUACUACAUACACCAAAUCAUUGUAGUAAUAUUACAUUAAUUAUUAAAUUGAUAUUCUUUUGAUUAUGUAUAUUUAUUUUAGACUCUGCAGCAAGACAAAGCCAUUGAAUGUAUCCUAUGGUAUAGGUCAGUUGUUAUGUUUUAGAUGUUGUAGCACUGUGAGGCUCAAGGUUUUUCUUUACUUGUCAUGUACAUUUUCUAGAUCUACACAGAAAUAAGUACUUUUGAUUAAUGCUGAUUUAAUUUAGAAGAAUUACUCUGAACACGACAGAACAGUUUUUGUUUUCUCAUUUCUAAAUUUGAAAACAUAACAAUGUCAACCUGAAUUUGCUAUGAAAUGUAUUGUAAAUCUCAGUUAUUUGUGCAUUUUCCUGGAUUUUACACUGUACAGUAUAAGUAUUAACAUUAUAAUAUAACAUUAAUGGUAUCUUGAUUGGUUCUUGUUUGCCGAUAAUCUAGGGGUGAUGGGAAUAAGGUACUAAGUGUCUCCUGAUGCAAUCUCUAAUUCUCUCUUUGAUUGACAAACACAUAAAGGAAAAUUAAAGGGAGAAUCUAGUAGUUUAUCAGAAGUCACUUGGGAAUUAAUUGCAUGUACUUUCACCCUGCAGGAAUGUCUCUUAUUUACAGUUAAAAAUAAACAGCAAUACUAUUCUGGGUUGCAAAGAGUCAAAAUGUAUCAUGUUUUUUCAGGCAUUGAAGAGCGUGACAAUGAAGGAAGAGUUAUAACAUCUGAAUUUAAAGAGUUUUAUUCAGUGGUAUCACGUGAGUGUAGUCUUAUACUAAUGUACAUCGCCAAAUGCUUGGCUCUACAUGGUUCUUGUAUAUUAAAAUGCACUAAUACAAGGGCUAUAACUACUGAUAUCAUUACUACUAUAGUUGUACAAUAGAGUGUACUGCUAUGAUGUCAAUGAUGACAACCACAUCCACUACCACAACAUGCCCUCAUAGUUUAGCAAAAUCUUUGUUAUUUUAUUAUUAUUAUUAUAAUUAUUAUUAUUAUUAUUAUUGUUAUUAUUAUUUACAGUUAACGUAUUGAAAAUAAAUGUUUCUGUAUGUAUUCCACUUUUUUCUAUUUUAUGUGUGCCUAAUGCAGGGCGUGGUCUUUCAAGGUAAGCACAGUUUGAAGAAGAAUACGAAAGGGUCAAGGGUCAUUAUUUCCACGUCAGGACCUCACUUGUCUUUAGCUGGUUGGGGACAUAUAGAGGGCCACAGGUUCAACAGUUCUUGAAAACGAAUUUUCUCUGAACAAUGUCAAUACAUCAUCAAUAGAAAAGGUUAUGAGAGUUCAAAUUGAUCACGUGGAAAAGACACUUUGAUUCUCUGUAAAAUUUUGUACACAAAUUCUUUAAGGAAAUGUAUGGAGGUCACUUUGGAAAAUGAGUUAUAACAGGCUCCUCCUUUUAGCGGUAUAACUCCUCCUAAAAGCCCCUAUGAAACAUUCAUAAGCGGUAGUUUGCGGUAUUGAAUUUUCUUCAGGUUGUCCCUCUCCUCAAAAACCAACAUGUUCAAAUUCUUAUUCGACCCGGAAAGUGUGUCCGUAUCAGUUCUCGACUGAAACUAUCAACUGUAUUUCUCUCUACUUUCCUUGCAGGCUUGACUACAGACAGGGUUGGGAUAAAGACUUCAGGGAUUACGUCAAGAAUCUAGACAAAAACAAACCUAUUAUACUGUAUGGUGACCUUAAUGUUGCUCACAAAGAAAUAGGUUAGUUUCUGGCUGUUAAUCCUGUUAAUCAAUUAUUCUUCUGUUUAAAAAAUACACCCAUAACCGUGCGUAUAGAAUGGGAACAAGCUUUUCACACAACGAUUCCUAGACUGAACAAGCGUUAGUUACGAUUUUUCAAUGAUAUUCAAAGUUAACCAUUUACUGGUUGGUAUAAGAUCCCAUCACCCUAAAACUUUUUAGACACCUUAUGAAGUUUACGCAAAUUAGUAUUCCUUAUCGCUUCCACACUAUACAUCCACAGUACUGGGGAAACCGAAGCCAUGAGGAAUACUAUGUUGUGUAAACUUCAAAAGGUGUGCAAGGUGUUUUUAGCCGAUGCAAACCAAUGCUAACCCCAUUAACCAAUAACGGCUUGCAUUUUCUAUCGAAGCAAUCCUGAAAACCUUUCUACCAAUUCUCCUGUAGACAGAGAUUUUGGAGAACUCUUUCCACGUUAAAACCGCUCAUAACUGAUACUACAUCUAUUUCCUCCCUUUCCUUUCUUAAAGACUUGGAAAACCCAAAGACCAACACAAAAAGUACUGGUUUUACAAAAGAAGAAAGACAUGGUUUCACUGAACUCCUGGAGGAAGGCUUUGUUGAUUCGUUUCGUCACUUUUAUCCUGACAAACCUAAACAGUAUUCAUUUUGGUCGUAUAUGAGAAACGCCCGCGCAAAGAAUGUUGGCUGGUAAGUUACAGCUGUAGUUAUAACGCGUUAUUAUUUGCGAAGUGUCUUAUCCAUACUUUAGCAAACAUUGGGAAGCUUGUUCAAAGGCGACAGCAAUGAGAACGUCAUAAAAGAAACAGGUUUAAUUAGCAAAACAGCAUCACUACACUCGCAUCACACCUUUUGGUUCGUUCCUUUGCCAUCAGUGCACGACUAAGCUUCGUACUUGGUGCCCGAGUGCGGUACUCGCUUGGCACAAAUCUAAUACAAGAGGGCAGUUGCGGUCGAUUCGCCUGAAAGCGUUCGCUAGGACUUAAGUCGAUUCGCCCGAUGACAGUACAACACUCUACAACGUGGUGAACCUACUUCUUCGAGAUGUUAGAGAACCUACUUCUCAGAGAUCUUAAUUGGUGUUGGGUGUUCUGUGCCUUAUUGGGUGUCCUAUGCAAUUAAUAAGGGAGAUUAUUUCGUCGUCGUCGACAGACAUUUGCCUCACUGUGAAGUGCUUACUUACGUUUUGUCUCACUUUGACGCGCUUACUCACGUGGUGUUUCGUUUGUCCUCGGCGUUCAUCUUUCAAAGGUUUGCCAAGGUCUGAUAUUCUGUCUUGGUAAAGCGUUAGUAUUUUAAAAGUUUGCUGAAUCUUCGUAAAGCGUACAUCGAUCUGUGUUUGCUGAAUCUUCCAAAGCGUUCAUCUUUCGGAAGUUUGCUGUUAAAUUUUACUUUGGAUUAAGCCUUCAUAACUUUCAGUAG